GUGUUUACCAUGCCUGAAUUUCUGCAAAAAAGGUUUCAGAGCCAGUGGGUCAGAACCUAUCUCACUGUGGUGGCUCUGAUUUCAUAUGUGUUCACAAAGUUUUCGGUUGACAUCUAUGCAGGUAGUUUGUUCCUGUACGAAGCAAUUGGCUGGAAUAUUUAUAUCUCUGCUGCUGUGACCUUGGCUAUAACUGCUGUCUACACUGUCUUGGGUGGUUUGACUGCUGUUAUCUUCACAGAUGUCCUCCAGUGUACCAUCAUGAUUUUGGGUGCCAUUGUACUGGCAAUAUUCAGCUUUGUAAAAGUUGGAGGAUACAAUGGUCUUUGGGAAAAGUUUGGAAGUGCCCACGGCGCUCCUUAUGUUCCUACUGUUGCACCAGUGACUAUGGCAGUCAAUAUGACAAAUGCCUCAAUGCUGGGAAAUAUGACUACUGCGAUGCCGUCCACUGGACCAGACCUGACCGGCUGCUUCAAAUUGACACCUUACUGGGGAAACAUGUUCCGUCCAAUAGACGACCCUGACUAUCCAUGGCUUGGGUUGUGGACUACUCUUCCUAUUAUGGGAGUGUGGUAUUGGUGUACAGAUCAGGUGAUCGUUCAGCGUACCCUUGGAGCAAAGAACAACAUUCAAGCCAAGGCAGGUUCCAUUUUUGCUGGGUUUUUGAAAAUCCUGCCCAUCUUCAUCAUGGUGAUGCCGGGAAUGAUCAGCCGUGUCCUCUAUCCUGACUCUAUUGGUUGUGCCGAUCCCGUCAGCUGUAAAUUUCAUUGUGAUAAUGAGUGGGGCUGCUCUAACAAUGCCUAUCCCAAACUGGUUCUGAAUGUUCUCCCCACUGGAUUGGUGGGCCUGAUGAUGGCUGUGAUGAUGGCAGCACUGAUGUCUUCUCUUUCCUCUGCUUUUAACAGCAGUGCCACCAUCUUUACUGUUGAUGUGUGGCUCCGCUUCAGGCCCAGGGCCACAGAAAGAGAAAAAGUCAUUGUUGGCCGGGUGGUUGUUGCUCUCCUUGUUGUUGUUAGCAUAUGUUGGUUGCCAAUCAUUCAAGGUGCUGCAGGCAAACAGCUCUUUGUUUACAUUCAGACAAUCCAGUCCUACCUUGCCCCACCAAUCACUAUGGUGUUUGGGUUGGGUAUCCUGUGGACAGGGCUGACAGCAGUGGGAGCCCUGUCAGGGUUGGUAAUAGGUUUCAUAAUGGGAAUGGCCAAGUUUAUUGCUGGUAAUGUUUGGUCAGAUCCCAAGUGUGGUGAAGAAGAUACUCGCCCUGGAUUUGCCAAAAUGCAUUUUAUGUUUUAUGCCAUCAUUAUUUUUGGAGUGAGCGGCUUUAUCAUGGUUGUGGUGAGUUUGUUCACGAAGAAGAUCCCCAGAGACGAGCUUGGUGGUCUGACUUGGCCAACCAUUAAUGAGCCUCCCAUUUCAUUUGGAUCCAUUGGCGAAGCAGAUGAAGCUGAGAAGAUGGAAAAUGGUGGUUUGGCCAGUACCGAAAAAGUCGAGCUUUUGGAAAAGAACGGCCAACUAAGCCCAACAACUCGUGUGGAAACUUCUUUCGAUGCUGGAGGAGAAGUUACCAAAGUAGAGGAAAAGAAUGCCGUACCCAAGCCAAAUGUGAAUGGUGAGUCUGUGGCACUGGAAACAGCAACAGGCGAGAAAAUCAAACUGAGUGUGGUCCAGUUUGCCGAGGAAGAUCCCGUUCUGAAGUGGUUUUUACGAAUCAUGACUGUCCUGUUACUAGUUUGUUUGGUUUUCCUGUGGGUGUACUAUCGCUAAGCGACAUGUACAGUAUCAUUUGUUGAUCCUAACAUGUCGUGUAAUGUGAAGAUUUACCUCUAGGUGCGUUGUUAGUUUAUGACCAGAUCAACAGGUUGUUGUAUACCAUGUAUAUCUUCGUAUAAUCUCAUGCUAGGCUUUAAGUAACUAUAUAUAUAUAUAUACAUACUCGAGGGUCAAAAAAUCGACCAGAAAUAUUUUAAUGUAUGUAGAAGAAGAGGUGUAAUGGUUAUUGUGUUGUCUUUUUGGUGGAGGAAAGAUGCAUUUAUGACAAUGCAUUCGUUUAAUAAUUUCGUAGCAUAGACGAUUUUGCCUUAAAUGCAGUAAGGGUAUAGUCUUGGAGAUUUUCAAAACUAACCGGGAGGUGACGCGAUUGAACUGGAAAUCCAAAACCAGUUGCAACGACAAUCAUUGUAGUUCUCAUCUUCAUUACAAACAACAACAACAGCAGCACCUUUAUUAACUGAAAUGACAACAGUAAUCAACAGAAAUCGAGAAAGUUUUAUCUUCUUUUUGGAAUUAGUUAUGGUAGUAGGUUGAUCGAGGAUCUAUGAUAGUGAACCUGUGUGACUCAUUUUAUCCUACUUAAAAUUGUUUUUUGGAAUUUCACCUCCA